CCAAUGACCAGACCGCCCCCGACAUAGAGCGUAGACCAUAGACCGUAGCGUAGAGCAGAGCGUAGUAAUAUUUCCGAAAGUGGCAAGUGGCAAUAAUUGUUUUACAGACGGAUAGAUAUGACGUUGAAGGGCGAUGCCAGCGACGCUCGUUGUCAUCUCUGAUUCGGCCGAGUGUUGAGUCGCCGUCGUCGGGUCCUGGAUGGUUUUUUCAAGAUCAGUUCUUCCGAGUGUGUUCUGUGACAUAAUUGUUUACAAGGCGACUCUCCCGCCGCUCUACGUCAUUGUGGGAUCUCUGCGAGAUCUUAAUUCGUGAAGAUUAUGUCAAUUCGCGGUGUCUGCUGGGACCACUGUUUGAUGUUGACGUUUUCCCGGAAUCACAGCGCUUUUCUCUAAGGUCGGGUCGGGUCCGUGAUUCAACUGGAGACAGAAGUGUCGUAAUUCUCGCACUCGCCGGUUUAGCUUCGACCCAUGUGCGCACGGAUUUGGUGUGGGUGCUGGUGCGGCUGUGACUGUGUCCAAAAACUAAAUUGCUCGACAAUUGAUAAUUGAGCGAAAUUGAAUUGAAUCACAGCCAGAGGAGCGAGCGAGCAUUAGCCCAGUGCAUUAGAUGGGCUUGAGCUUAGUGAAUCGGAGACAGACCUAGGCAUUGGAUCGCUGGCACCGCUGGAUAUAUUCUCCUCCUUCUUCUACCUCGUUCCUCGUUAGUUAGCAACCAGUCGGACGCAAACAUGCACAACAUUGAGCAGAUCCUGGUCGAGCUGCAGCGCUUCUCGUGGCCCGACUAUGUGGCAUUUGUGGCCAUGUUCCUGCUCUGCAUCUGCAUUGGCAUCUACUUUGGGUUCAUGAACAAGUCCGUCUCCGAGGCCGACUACAUGCUCGGCGGCCGCAAGAUGCUGGUGAUUCCGAUCGCCUUCUCCCUGGUCGCCAGCUUCAUAUCGGGCAUCACGCUCCUGGGACUCCCCACCGAGGUUUAUUCCUACGGCGUGCAGUACCUCUACGUGGCCUUUGGCGUAGUGGGCAUGGGCAUUGUGAUGGGCGUAUUCUAUCUGCCGGUUUUCCACGAUCUGAACAUAACAUCCACCUACGAGUAUCUGGAGGUUCGCUUCGAUCGCCGCCUGCGCCUGUAUGGAUCCAUUAUGUUUGCGGUUAUGAAUGUGGCCUAUCUGCCCAUCGUGAUAUAUGUGCCGGCGCUGGCCUUCAACCAGGUAACUGGCAUUGGAGUGCACACGAUCACGCCGAUUGUGUGCAUCAUUUGUGUGUUCUACACGAGCCUCGGCGGUCUCAAGGCGGUGGUUUGGACGGACGUUGUGCAGGCGGUCUCCAUGCUGGGAGCCCUCUGCUUGGUCGCCAUCAAGGGUAGCAUGGACAUUGGCGGGGUUAGCGUUGUCCUGGAGCGUGCCUGGAACUCGGAUCGUCUGGAGGCGCCAGAGCUCAGCAUAGAUCCCACAGUCCGUCACACGUUCUGGUGCCUGUUCUUCGGAGGAAUAGUCUACUGGACGCAGACGAAUGCCGUCUCCCAGAACAUGAUCCAGAGAUACCUCGCACUGCCCACACUCGCGGACGCCCGCAAGGCUCUGUUCAUCUUCUGCGUGGGAGUCCUCAUCCUGAUGGCCUUGUGCGGCUACAAUGGACUGCUUAUCUAUGCCACCUACCAAAACUGUGAUCCCCUCACUACCAAGCUGGCAAAGGCUCGAGAUCAGCUUUUGCCCCUCUUCGUGAUGGACACGCUGGGCGAAAUGCCCGGUAUGACGGGCCUCUUCAUAGCCGGCGUCUUCAGUGCUGCCCUGAGCUCCCUCUCCACCUGUCUGAACUCCAUGUCGGCGGUGGUGUUGGAGGACUUUGUGAAGCCAUAUGUGAAGCAGCCCCUCUCCAGUUCGUCGAUCAACUGGAUCAUGCGGCUGGUGGUCGUCGGUGUGGGAGCCCUCUGUGUGUGCCUCGUUUAUGUGGUGGAGCAUAUGGGCACGGUCCUGCAGCUGACUAUGAGUCUGGAGGCCAUCACCAAUGGCCCCUUGUUUGGCAUCUUCACCAUUGGCCUGUUUCUCCCUUGGAUCAAUGGGAAUAGUGCUCUUUUGGGCGGAAUCAUGGGUGUCAUAGCCAUGUCCUGGGUAAGCCUGAAUGCCCAGUGGGCCAUCGCCUCGGGAGCCAUCAGUUACAACACGAAGCCGCUCAAUAUUGAGCAAUGCGACUACAGAUUCAAUGUCACCACGAGUGCCGCCAACAGCACCAUACAUCUGGCAGGCUCAGCCUCAGAGGAUAUCUUCCCAUUGUACCGCAUCUCGUACAUGUGGUACACGACCUUUGGCGCUUCGAUUACCAUUAUUGUGGCGCUGCUCGGUUCCUUGGCGUUUGGCAGAAACAAUCCCAACAAAGUCGAUCCCGUACUGCUGACCCCCUGUAUACGAAGGUUCUUCAGCUUUGGCUCCAACAAACCCAUGGAUGCCUACAAACCCGACAUUCCACUACAGCACAAGCUCCGAAACGACGAGGUGGCUCUCUAAAGAAUCGAACGACACUCCACUCCACGGAGUUCCUUUCAACACAGCAUCCAAUUGUAGAUAAUUCAUUAUUAAACAAAUUUUUUAACUAUUUACUGCUUGCGCGUAGAAAAAAUACAACUGUGUUUAAUCCAA